AUGGAAGAAGAACCAAAUUAUGACCAAUUUUUUAAUGACAAUAACAUUACAAAUCUUUUAUUAUUCAAUUCUCCUGAAGUUACUAUACCUCAUCUUAUGGAUGAGUUUUCUGACCAAGACGACAUUAUACUUCAUCAGGCAAUUUAUGUUAAUACAAAUAAUAUUAAACAACAACAAAGAGAUUACCUUUUGAAAAAGGUUAUUCAAAACAAUGAACUAUGUUCAGUACCAAUAAAACGGCCUUUUGAAAAUGAGAUAUUCACUCAACCAACAACUUCUCUUUUUGAAUCAACUGAAGAACAAGAAAGUUUUAUUAGUUCAAAUUAA